UUGCGAUAAUGUCAUGAAUUCAUAAAUGACACCGAGAAUACCAAUCAAAACAUUAAUUUCAAACAAAAGAUUUUAGUGUAUAAAUCAAGAUGCCUUUAAUUCCAGCUAGUGGAACCGGUCGUUUCUGGGCAAAAUCAGCAAAAAUAAUACGAUUUGCACGACAGGGAUGCACCAACAGACCUUUUUAUCAUAUUGUGGUCAUGGAGCGACGUAAAGGUCAGCAUGAACCAGUGAUUGAACAAAUUGGUACAUACGAUCCCAUCCCAAAUGAGUAUGACGAAAAACUUGUCUCGUUCAACUUCGAACGAGUACGUUAUUGGCUAGGCAGUGGCGCUCACCUCUCAUCUUCGGUGGCAGAAUUGUUAGGUAUUGCUGGUCUUCUACCCGUCCAUCCACGAACUUAUAUGACAGCUUGGAGAAACCGGAAAGCUGCUGAGCUCGCAGCGGCCAAAAUAAAAACGGAGACGUCUGUUAAAUCUAGUAGUUGAGAGUACAAGUCAAUAAAUUCUAUCUAGUCGAAAUAAGUUCCAAUAAAAUCUGUUUGCAUUUCUAAAUUAA